UCCAGUUCCAGUCUGUCAGUUAGGGUUCCCUGAGCCUCGCAUCCUGAACAGCUGUCUACUGUGAUAACUUCACCUGCUUUAUAAACAAAAACAACUUGGCCAUGAGCGGAGAGCAUGGGCAUGGAAACUCUCAGGUCAAUUCUGGAUCUAAAGGAGGCGACACCCACAAACAUAAAGACAAGCACAAAGACAAGGAAUACAGACACAAAGACCACAAGAAAGACAAAGAGAGAGAGAAAUUCAAGCACAGCAACAGCGAACAUAAGGACCACUCUGAGAAGAAACACAGAGACAAAGAGAAGCUGAAGCACAGCGACAGCAGCGCAGACAAGCACAGGGAAAAACACAAAGAGAAAGACAAGGACAAAGAGAAGAGGAGAGAAGAGAAGAUCAGGUCAUCCCAUGUAGACAAGCCUAAAAAAGAGAAAGAAAAUGGAUAUGUAAGAGAUACAAGCCCUUCUGCCAUUAAGAGCGAGCCUGAAGAAGACAAUGGGUUCUACCCUUCUCCCCAACACAACAAGACCUCCAAACGGGAAUAUGAUGAUGAAGAAUUUGUAUACAAGCCCAAAAAGGUCAAGACAGAGCAUGACAAAAAGGCCAAGAAGAGGAAACAUGAGUAUGAAGAUGAUGAGGAGGAUGAGGACAUCAAGCCCAAAAAGAAGACAAAAGACAAGAAGGGAACAGAAGGAAAGAAAGCCAAGAAAGAAGAAGAGGAGAAGUGGAAAUGGUGGGAGGAGGAAAGAUCUACAGAUGGAUCCAAAUGGCGCUUCCUUGAGCAUAAGGGUCCAGUGUUUGCCCCUCCGUAUGAACCUAUGCCUGACAAAGUCAAAUUUUACUAUGAUGGUAAGCCUAUGAAACUCAGUGCUCCUGCUGAGGAGGUAGCUACAUUUUUUGCCAAGAUGUUGGAUCAUGAGUACACCACUAAGGACAUCUUCAGGAAGAACUUCUUUAAGGACUGGAGGAAGGAAAUGACAUCCGAGGAGAAGUCCAAGAUCACCGACCUGAACAAGUGCAACUUCAGUGAGAUGAAUGAAUACUUCAAGGCCCAAUCAGAAGCUAGGAAACAGAUGUCAAAAGAGGAGAAACAGAAAAUCAAAGAGGAGAAUGAGAGACUCCUCCAGGAGUACGGUUUCUGCUUAAUGGACAACCACAAGGAAAGGAUCGGAAACUUCCGCAUCGAGCCACCAGGCCUGUUCCGAGGACGAGGCGAUCAUCCGAAGAUGGGCAUGCUGAAACGACGCAUCAGACCUGAAGACAUCAUUAUUAACUGUAGCAAGGACUCGAAGCACCCUAAACCUCCCCCAGGAACAAAAUGGAAGGAAGUUCGCCAUGACAACAAGGUAACCUGGCUGGCAUCUUGGACAGAGAACAUUCAGGGCUCCAUCAAGUACAUCAUGUUGAAUCCUAGCUCCAGGAUCAAGGGGGAGAAGGACUGGCAGAAGUAUGAGACUGCUCGGCGGCUGAAGAAGUGUGUAGAUCGCAUUCGUAAUCAGUAUAGAGACGACUGGAAGUCAAAAGAGAUGAGGAUCAGGCAGAGAGCUGUGGCACUGUAUUUCAUAGACAAGCUUGCACUGAGGGCGGGCAACGAAAAGGAGGAAGGUGAGACAGCAGACACAGUUGGCUGCUGUUCGCUGCGGGUGGAGCACAUCAAACUGUACCCCAAGAUGGACGACCAGGAGUAUGUGGUGGAGUUUGACUUCUUGGGAAAAGACUCCAUCCGUUACUACAACAAGAUCCCCGUGGAGAAGAGGGUCUUUAAAAACCUCCAGCUGUUCCUAGAGAACAAGCAGCCUGAAGAUGACCUCUUUGACAGACUGAAUACUUCUAUUCUGAAUAAGCACUUACAGGAGCUGAUGGAUGGCCUGACGGCCAAGGUCUUUCGUACCUACAAUGCCUCCAUCACCCUGCAACAGCAGCUCAAAGAACUUGCCUGCCCUGAUGACAGCCUCCCAGCUAAAAUCCUGUCAUACAACCGUGCCAACCGGGCAGUGGCCAUCCUCUGUAACCAUCAGAGAGCUCCACCCAAAACAUUUGAGAAGUCCAUGCAAAACCUUCAGACCAAGAUCGACGAGAAACAGAAUCAACUGUCAGCAGCCAGGAAGCAGCUGAAGGCCGCCAAGGCUGAUCACAAGGCUUCCCAUGAUGACAAGAGCAAAAAGGCUGUGGAGUUGAAGCGUAAAGCUAUCCAGAGGAUAGAGGAGCAGCUGAUGAAGCUCCAGGUUCAGGCCACAGACAGAGAGGAGAAUAAGCAGAUUGCUCUGGGCACCUCCAAGCUCAACUAUCUGGAUCCACGCAUCUCUGUUGCUUGGUGCAAGAAAUGGGAUGUUCCCAUUGAGAAGAUCUACAACAAAACCCAGAGAGAGAAGUUUGCCUGGGCGAUUGACAUGGCUGAAAAGGACUAUGAGUUUUAAACACACUUAAUGUUUUACCUUUUCUAAAUAUGCCUUUGAUUGUAGAGAUGGUUUGUAGUGGAUGUCAAAUGAUUCCACUGUGUGGUUACUGCAGGGCUAUGAGGACAAAGCUUUGUUGGAACUGUGACCACAGUUUAAUAAUUGUGCUGUAUAUAUAUGAAUUGGCUGUGAAUAUAGGAAAAUAACUGCUAAACCAUUUGACCAAGCUGCUAAAGGGCAACUCACUUUUAAAAAACAAAAUGACAGUAGUGUGUAUGUAGCUGCAGCUGUCCACGAUCAAACACCUCUAAACACAUUAGUAUUAUAUUUAGUCAGACACAACUGUACUGAAAUUUGUAAGCCAUCAGACUUAUUGAGACAUUCUAUAUUGUCAUAGAAUAAUGAAAUAAUAAAUGUUUGUAUGGGAGACUGUGAAGAACGACGAGAGAUAAUAGGAUGCAUUUCAAUUUGUGGAAUUGUGUGAAAGAUUGGUACAAUAAAAUUACAGACUGAUGACAGUGUGAAGAAUAUAAAACUCUAGCACUAUGCUUAUAUAAUUAUUAGCACACAUGUCAUCUUUUUUGCAUUAAGUUUGAUUAUGUUGUUUAUUUCAGGGAUGUACAUAUUUUAGUCAUUUUUAGUAUCUAUGAUUCAGUGUUUUAUAAAAUGUGUGCUAUAUGCAUUGUCAACAAGAAGCUCUUCAUUGUUCAUAUGCAACGUGUGUGUAUCUGUUUUCACAGUUUCACAAUGGUAACAUUCCUCUGAGUUACUUGAAGUAGCUGAAGUAAAGCAUCAUGUUUUGUGUGCCAGCGCUAAAAGAGAGACAGAGACAUUUUCUAAGAGGGAUGCAGAUUUUGCCAAAAAAUGUCACAGAAGUCUAUCAUUGUAGUGUGCUGUUUGUAUUGCUGUGAUUAAGCAGAAAGUGGCCUCCUUAAUUUCCAAAUGUGAAUGGAUAUUCUAACUUUUGUGUUUAAUAUUUCUUGCUAUUUGAUUAUUUAUCACACGACUCCAGAUUGGUUGAAUGCUUAUUGUUUUGAGCUUUGCAGUUUUCAGAAUAAAACAUCAACCUUGUC